AUGUCAUCUUAUCCUGGUCCUGACGAUGAGGAGGAAGAUACCGAGGUUGUCGACUUGGAAGAUACAGAUGAGGUCGAUGAGGAAGGAUACGUAGUCGACGUGGAUGAUGAAGAGGAUAAGAGCUUCGAGGAAGAGUUACAUUGCUCUGUUGAAGGCCUUGGAUGCUGGCAUACCAUCGAUAAUGAGCAAAUAUAUCUAGCACCUGGUGAUGCUUUCGAGUGUAUCAGAGAUCUACUACGGGCAUUUAGAGAGGAAGUUGGUGCAUCUAGACGAGUACAUCGGUUACUGGGUAAAUGGGGUGUUGUGGAGAAGAAGUUGGUACCAAUGCUUAUCAGUCAUAGAGAUGAUUUGGAUGAUAAAUGCUUCCAAAUACUCAGGCUGAUGGUUAUCCUUACUAUGCCUGUCAAUAGAGAUACUCCAGAAUUGGAUACUCAUCUACAGUAUUUACAGGGUUACAAGGCAGCUAUCGGUCUUAAUGAGGAUGUACUCACUAUAUUCAUGACUAUAUUGGAUCAGUGUAUAGGGGUCAGUCUUACUCAAGGACAAUAUUCAAGUAGUAGUAGUAGCACACAGGAGGUGGGGGAUGCCACCAAACGGUUGAGAGCUCAGCAGCAAGAAUUGGUUUUUACAUUGGUGCGUAACCUAUUGGAAAUACCGGAUCCUAGACCAGGGGAUCCUGGUUUUAGCCCAGCACAUAGAGAUCUACAGAUGACUAUGCUCCAGGAACUGUACGAGUCCGGCUUCUUAGACUUCGCUGUGCUAGUUAUGGAAGAUGCACUAAAUGGCCCUACUCCGACUAUAAACAGGAAUAAACAGCUACUUUGGCUGUAUUUUGAGAUACUAUAUCAUGCUUGUGCUAAGAUACGUCCCGUUGACCUGAUAACGGUCGAUGCUCGAUUCAAACCAGAUCUAUCUGCCCUUAUCAAUCGUAGUAUCCUUACUUAUGCAGCAUCACUACCCAUCCUGACUAGGCAUAAUAGAUUCGGCAAAAGAGUCGCUGUUAAUAUGCCCGAUGAUGGUCCCUCUUCUACUAAACAACUGAUAGCUGGUAGACAACGACACUACCGUAAUAAGCUGGUAGAUGAAGCUCCUAACGUGUUCCAGGAUCGAACCUUCACCGAUGUUGAUGUCGGAUCGAAGGUACCAGUAGUUGUUGGAGAUGCUCCUGCUGGUCUGCUACAAGAGGUUAUCUCAGCAGAUGGCGGUGUGUCUAUGAUAAAUCUAGCAGUAUGGGAGAAGUUCCUCAAGAGCUUCGCCUCCUUCAUAGUGGACAUGAUAGACCGAGUGUUUGCUGGCAUUAUGGCAGNNNNUCAUGUGAUCAUCGUGUUGUGUAGAUAUAUUCAAAAGGAUGUAUGUUGGGCUGCAUUCAGAGUAUUCGAUAGAGAUGGCAACGGGAAGAUAUCUCGAGAAGAGUUGCAAGAUGUGUUGGGGAAUGAUGAUGUUAGGACCGCUCUGGGCUCUGAUCUGGUCACACAAAUGAUUAAUGAGGUUGAUCUCAAUGGUGAUGGUGAAAUUGAUUUCGACGAGUUCAUGCAGAUGAUGCAGAAGUCAACAUGA